AAGCAGAUUAAAGAUCGGGACAGGAAGGGUCCGGUUUAGGGAAACAGGAAAACUGAUGCAAGGAAGUGGCCUACGUCACCAGCCAGCCCACUGCAGCCUGUGCUAAAAGUAAAAUCCAGAGCCAACGCAAGCAUGGAGUCUUUGCUCAAGUCACCAAUGAAACUUGUGGUUUUGACAGGUAUGUGAACUUAUCUAUUCUCUAACACGGCAGGUAUCUGACACGAGAACAGCAGGGGAUUUAGCCGCUGUAUUUGUGGGGCCUAUGUGUCAAUUAUGAAGAGUUUGUGUUAUCUGAUCAGACCACUGUUUUUUUUUUCCUUGAUAAAAAAUUGUAAUCACUGACUUUAAAAUUAAAUAGUAUAUUUAUUCAUUUUUGGUGACUUUGAAUUUUUUGCGUUGCCUGUUUACCUGUUUGUAUUCUGACUUGAUUUUUCAAAACCCCUCAUGUGAUUGAAUGAGUCACAGGUUAACACAAUUAAAACACAUUAGAGAAGAUUUCAUUUUAAGAGGAGCCUCGUUCUGCGGUCGGUGAUAAUAUUACUUCACAAACUUACACACUCUUGUCUUUACAGCAUGGCUCUGCAGUCUAAUGGACCCAUGCAGCCUCUCUGACAUUUGUGAGUCUUGUCAUGAAUUGGCAACAUGCAAGGCCCUGAACGGAUCAAACAACGCCUGCCUCUGCAACCAAGGAUACACUGGAGAUGGAACGACAUUUUGCAAUGGUAAAUAUGAACGUAGAAAAAACCUCGCUCUGUCUUUGUGUAUAACUAUUUAGAAUGAUCUAAUAGUACAACUCUCUUUGUGUUGAGCUGUCAUGGAAGCCUUGACUAUUUUGAGAGGCCUUUGUUGUUUGUUGCUCUGUGUUGGCAGACAGAAGCAACAAAAAUCUGUGCCAUAUAACAAGGAUGUGAGGUUUUUAAACAUCUCAGGCACGAGAUGUGUUAAAAAUAUUGCACAAAUAUUGCAUGACAACAAUACAUCAAAAUUUAGGAAGAAAUACCAUUCAAAUAAAAUCCUCCCUGCAGUGAUUUAAUCAAAGAAAUCUAUGAAAUCUACUGUGUUAAGAGUUGUAAAAUGUUUGCACUCCCUCUCCAGACAUACUUUAUUUACCUUGUUAAUGUGUAGCUGGCUGUUUUAGCAAGGACGAUUCUUAAAAAUGACACUUCUCUUUGAAGACAAAAUUUUAAACAAACAAAAACCUGUAGUAAUUUUGAAGCCAGCAUGUUGCAGUCCUUUGUUCAAAUGCCUAGGAGGGAAUUAUCUACCUCUGAGAUUUUUAUGCACAAAGAAACUUGUUUUCCCCUCUUUUUUUGGCAUUGUUAUUGAUUUUCAAGUGUAAGGCUCCAUUUGAGUGGUUCAUUGCGGAGAAGUUUCAAUUACUUUGUGCCAACUAUUCUCCCUUUAAGAGUAAGUUUGUUUCGGUGUGACCAGCUAAAGUUAAGUUCAGAUACUUUCACUUUUUGCUCACCAUCAAGCUGGCAGCUCACUUCUUCUGGGGAUUUUCAGCUCUGCAGCGUGAGCGGUAUCUUUACGAUGCAGCUUUAUUGGUAACAUUUUGAGUGGCCAGUGUUGCCUCUCCAUCUGCAUUGUUACUCCUGUUAUGUUUCUGGCCUGUUUAGAAUUCCUGGAGCCCUUUCUGUUUCCUGACCAAACCUGAUCACAAUCAGAGUAGAGCUCAAAUUUGACAGGAGCCAAAACUAAAUCAAAACAUGGGGAGUAUUGAGAAAAGUGUGGCAAAUGAUUUGAAAACAAGAUAAAUUAGAGUCCUGACUGAGCUAAUGCAAAUUUAAAGUCAAAAAUCCCCCUGCAUAAAGGGCUUUUUGGAAAAUCUCACAAGUUGUACCAUAAAUAAGUUCACACCACAUGUUACGAUCAAAUGUUUGAGGGUCCAUUUAAUGACCAAAAACCAAAGUGACCAAAGAAACAAUCAAGCUCCUGCACACUUGAAGAUAAAACCAAGACAUCAAAGCGAGUCAUAAAGUUUGUGGGUGCAAUGUUUGUGCAACAGUGUCAGUUUAAGGGUCCCGUGUGUUAUGAAGGUAUUUCCCUUCUUCAUACAGUCACCUCCCUCAUCAGAGAGGAGGAUUUCCCUUCCCGGACAGCUUUUGUGCAAAAGGUACAGAGGAGAGGAAGAGCGCGGCGUUCAUCAUACCUAGACAAGUGAAAACAACAAUGGAAAGUCUUAGUUGGUCAGUUUCCAGUAAACUGGGGAGCAGAGAUGGAAGCUGGACCAGCACUUACUGUACUGUACAGGCUACAGCUGCACCCACAGGGAACUGGAGCAUUUUCAAUCUGGGCAGCAAUAUUUGAGUUCCUCUGUAUUUAAUACAAGUAAAACCACUUCAGCAAUAACAGAUGUGAACAACAGAGGUAGCAUUUAAGUUAAGGCUUUAAUCAGGGCUCUGAUAACUUAGAGGAGUUUGAGAAAAGACCACAACAGAUAAACAUUUGGUUUAUCUGAAUACAAAGACCUUGGAUCAAGAUAAAACUUGGCUUCUCUUAAACAGCAAUCCAAUCAGGGAUGUCAGUUAAAAUAUGUAAAACAAACCAAGAACAGAAGAAAAGAAUAAAAAGUUUCCAGUUCAAACCUCACCGUUUACUGCACAUGGACACAAAGAUUGAUACCUCCUGAAUUUAAAGCUGGUGUUUUCUGUCGAGCGCUGAUAACUGUUCUAUUUCAGGAUUAACCGCAGUGUUAGCUGUCAAAAGGCAUGGCUUUCUGGUAGGACAAAUACUUUGAAUAAUUCAAAGAUGAGGGUAAAAAAAAAUAUUAUUGAAAACACAGUGUAAGAAACGUUCUGCUCUUUUUUUUUUUGUCCCAGUUGCAAAAUAGAUUUUAAUUUAGCGUUUUGAACGAGGGGGGAAGGUGCAUCAUAAGAGCAGCUGCCUUAUCCCAGAGUGUAUUGAAAGGCCUCAUGGGAAAUGUAGGAAAUGAAGCAGGAGUCCCAAGACAUCAUCAACUGAAACAAAGAAAAAAUAUUGUAAUAAUAGGCAACAUGCUGAAAAAUAAAAAACAAGUGAUGUUCUCAGUGCAUUAUUAAACAGCUCAAUAUCGCCCAAAGAUAACAAUUCUACAUCUCCCAAAAAAAAGCUUAAUAUGUAACUUGUUUUUUUCUAAUAAAUGUAAUCACUUUUGUAUUUUAUUUCAUUCGUAAUAAACACGAGGACAUCUCAGUAGACUUGAGCUGCUAUCUUGUUCAUCCUGUUUAAUCCACUGCUUCUGAAAAUUACAUCAACUUGAAAUUAAGGUUUCGUUUUUUUCAUCCAGUAUCUAAUUUGUUUCCUCGCAGGUCAAAGAGUUCUUAAGCCUUUAAUUUUUUUAAAUUUUUAUUUCCUCCAGCAGUUAACAGCUUUGACUCCCUCUCUCCUCUUUAUUCCCCCGCAGAUGACAAUGAAUGCCAGAAUGUGACUAAUAUCUGCGGGAAAAGGGGGAACUGCACCAACACAGUGGGCAGCUACUACUGUACAUGCGUCUCUGGAUACACAUCCACAGGACUGGACAAGUUCCAGCCCAACGAUGGCACCGACUGUAUCGGUAAGGAACUUGCUCAGAAAUGAAAAUAGAUUUUGGAUACACACUGAUGAUUGUAGAGAGGGAGUAGCCUACUACUCAUUUAUACUGUAUGUGUGUGAACGUGGAAGCAGUUGCCCCACAGCUGUGAAAGCGUCAGAGCUGUGUGUGCUUGUGCGUGUGAGCUGUUCUCUCUUUCUUUCACCGUGCUGUGGAGGAUGAACAUGUUGGAGGGAGUUUUUCUCCCAGCCUUCCACUUCCUUCCCAUCUGCUGUUCUGAGUCAACACCUGAGAUCUUUUGCACCAUUUGAAAAAAAAAAAGCAGCACCUUUAACCCUUGUGUUUUGCACCGAGUGUUUCUGCAGAUAUCCAACUUGGAGGCACACUCCACAUUAUACAGUAAAGAAACAUGUGGCUGAUCUUAGAAGCUGAAUUAUGAAUAUUCAAACUCUGUUGGAGUUGCUUUUAUCUCUCAAAAUCAAUCAAAUAUUAUGACUAGAACUAUUUUAUAGGUAUGAAUAUAUGUUUUCACUCCACUUUCAGUUUGAAUAUCUCUAAUUUUGUGAUAGAAGUAUUGUGCAAAAAUAUAUUUUUAGUUGUAUGUUGAGAUCAUUCCUCUGAUCGUGUAUUUUAACUUUAAAUUCCAUCUGAAUUCCUUAUUUGCAUACUCCAGAUAUUGAUGAAUGCAAGUCCGAACAGGUCUGUGGGCCAAACUCACACUGCCAUAAUACGAAUGGAUCUUUCUAUUGCACCUGUCAGCGUGAUUACAUCCCAACUUCAGGCUCCAAGCACUUUCAUCCAGGGAGAGGAGCGAGAUGUAAAGGUGGGUAGGAGGAAGAAAGAGCACACAACACACACUAUCAUAUACCAUGGUACUUACAUUCAAGGACACAUCUUUCCUCAUCUCAGUUUUCUUCUGCACGCAACACAGGACUAGCCAUUUUAUAAUUUUUCUUCAGAGAGGAAUCUAUUAUGCAAUACAUCAAGUAAACGGUGCAAUCUUCAAUUUUCUGCUGUUUUUUCUCCCCCCAAAGCUGAUAACAAAGACAGGCAUGUGAUGUUAUCCCUGCGCAAGUUUUUAUGCAGCUCAGGCUUUACUGUAACCUGCUCUAUCCAGCUGAAAUUAUGGAAAUGAAUUAAGCAAUCAAAGAGACACUUUUCGUAAUUGUUGUUUUGCAGAUCAUCCCCAAAAAUACUGCCAUGACAACACCGGGUGCAUCACGCAGACAGUCAACAAAACACUUGAAUAUGUGAGUACCCCCCCCUUCUCAGAGUUUUAACUGGAUGAGGUUAAAAUAGAUUGGAUAACACUGCCCUCUAUUGGAGAAGAAUAAGGUGAACAUGUGAUGGCAGGCAGAAAAAAAGGCUUCAGUCACAAGGACACUUCAUCACCUGCAUUAACCAACAUGAACCUGCAGUAACAGAGUCCUAACCUUCUGUUGAACCAACUUUGGGCAAGAAAUGUGAAAAUAUCAGAAAUUUGUAGAGGUCUGGACAAUAUUUGAUAUCUGCGAUUGAUUUUAUAUGUCUUUGACUAAUAGGACACCUGAUAUCAUUGAGUGCUAGGUUUGUUUCUGCUCUGAUAAACAGCGGACUUGAGAUUUCAUGUAUCAGCACGUAUUAAAGAACAUUUUAAGACAUUUCUCUAGCUUGUUGGACAGCAUCUUAGCACGCUUCUACUUUCCUCCAUGAUUUCUCUUAUUAUUACUGGAUGAGUAUGGGGAAUAAAACAUUUGUCUUCUGUUGUGUGAGACACUUAUGUAGAAAUAAAAUAAAAUUUCAAGCCUUGAAAUUAAAAGUCAGACCAAGCAUAGAGAAGUUUGGUCAAGGGAACAAAAAUACUUGAUUAAGAAAGCCUCCAAUGAAAAUAUUUGGCUUUUUGAUACUUCAAAUGAAAUCUCAGAAUUUUUUUUCCACUCCUUUUAUUUUUAUUUUUUUAUUUUAUUGAAUUAAAACAAAUAAGGUGCUUUAAAAAAAAGAAAACUACAUGUCAGGUGCAACAAUUUUAGGUUUCAGUUUUAUGAGUUGUAAGCACUGUUAAUAAAGAGCUGCCAUUUUCUUUGCAAAAGUCUUCUACUCUACUGACCAAACACCCUCUCUAUGAUUCUCCCACGCCUGACUUUUUAUUUGCCUAUUAUAAGAUUUUUGUCUAAUUAACAGAGCAGCUGUUCUUGUAAGGAAUUAAAAAUCAAGGAUAUCUACUUCAAAGUCUCAAACAAACACAAGUCUACAGUGGAGAUAUUUUUAGAAAUCAUCUAAAGACGUGAUUCCUUUCAAAUUCUCUUUUUCUUUGACACAUUCAAGUUAAAAAAAAAUCGUUCUCCCCAAUCCUAGAUGAGCAACCUCACAGAGCCGCAGAGUCUGCUGAAGGAAAUUGCCAAGCAGACAUCUGGAGAUCUCACCUCAGUGGAAGUGAUUGCAUAUAUUGAGGCCUUGAGCCGGUCGACAUCAACGCUGGCUGGUUACCCUGUCCAACCAUCUGCCAUCAACUCAACUCUUACAGUAAUUUAUCUUUGUUUGGUAUUUGUCUGUCUUUUUUAAGCUUGUGUGCUCUGCCUGAUCUGCAGCUUUGCUUUGAACUGGUCUUGGUAAAAAUAACACCACAUGCAGUUGAAUUUUAUGACUGUGUAUGAGACAGUCCAUGUAAGCCUGUGUUGCUUAUGUUAUAAAAAUCAAAGCAGAUGUCAUCAUCUGUUGACAUAGGCUAAAAUAUUUCCUCGUGUUCAUAUGAGACGUGAAUAAAAUCAUGUUGCCUUGGAUGCUACACACACGUCAGAGAAAAAUCUCCUUUUCAACAGAAAUUAGUGACAGCAGUAAAUAACCUGGUGGAGAAGGACGAGCUGGUGGCUUGGAGCAGAAUGAAAGAAGAGCGUCGGGAACACACCGUCAGCAAGCUGCUGCACACUGUAGAAGAAAGUGCUCUGACACUGGCCAAUAACUACAAAACUCCCACUGAGCUGCAAAUUAAAGCCCCUGAAAUGGGUAAAACUAUUAUUAACAGACAAUCCUGAACUAUUCCAAAUCUGUCUGCUGCCACUUUUGUGCAGGAACAUGCACAGUGGGUAAAUGUUCUUGUCAUACUUUUCUUUCUCUUAUAAUAUUCUUCGCAGAGUUGAAACUCUUCACUUUUGAUGCUCAACACACAAAAGCCAAACUAUCUGCUUCCAUGGGUGGAGAUUUGAUGAGCCUGUUUCCAAAACCGAGACCAGGGGAGAACCGAAAUGGUAAAGUUAUGUGGUACACAUGUUAACCUUCCUCCUGUGUUAGCUUUUACUACGCACCCAGGGUCGGUUUUGACCCAUGUCUUAAAUCAGCCGUAAAUUACACUAAAAACUAUUCUCUAUCAUCCAAUUUGGUUCUCAUCUCUAGGUUACCUUGUUAGGCUUCAUUAUCCAUGAAAAUAUUGCUUAUAAUAGUUUUUGUAGUGGGCCUCUGGGCCUUUCUUUUUCAGUAUACACCUCAUACAGACAUCCAAACUGAAUUGAUCUUACAUGUCUGGACAUGCUCGACAUUGUUUUUUGUGCAGGGAAAAACCAUAGACUGUAUAUAAGAGUAAGUAAUAUAAUAUAUAGUAAUAUAGUAAUAUAUAGUAAUAUAAGUAUAUCUUAUAUACAGUCUAUGGGAAAAACAUGGAAAAAUGAGAAUUUCCUAAAUUUCACAUGAUUGGAAGAGGACUUGACUGUCAGUGUGGUGCCUGACAGUGCACAUUUGAUUUCAAUUUUUACUCUAAUUUUGUUAGAUAUUGAUCUAACCAGGUCAACAGCGACCCUAACACCACAAGUGCCAUAAUUUUAAUAAAAGCAUUUUAUAAUUUAGUCAAUUUAAUUUUUUCAUAUUUGUUUUGUUGAAAUAGAGGUUCCUGACAAAGUCAAAAACUCUUGAUGCAAAAAAAAGCUAAUUUAAGAGUUUUUUUUUAAGCAUUUAAAAACAAAAACUGGUCGGUGCAGACCCUAACACAGGAGGAGGGUUAAUAAAAUGUAUACUGGAUUGUGGAAUUGUGAGGACUGUUUUCUCGUAUGUUACAUGGUAAGGAAAAACUAAUGAUGCAGAAAGCGGUAAAUCCACCCACUUUCACUGUCCUCAUCCCAAAGUUUGAUUAAAAACCCAGUAAAGUUUGACCCCCUCUGUUUUUGCUGAACUUUUUUUGUCCAUCAGGAAGCGUGUCAGUGGUGUUUGUGCGAUAUGACAGCCUCAGUGACAUCCUGAAGCCGAGCAGCGACCCAGGUGUCACCGACUACUCGCGCUAUGCAGGAACAGGGGAAAUCACUGUCAACUCCCAAGUCGUGGCAGCAGCCGUCAAACCUGCUGACGUUUACCAACUUGACCAUGUCACCUUCACUCUGAGACACAAUGAGGUAAAAACUGUGCUGUGUGCUGAGACAACACCAUUUUUUUUUUCACUGUACUCUUUACCCAGACUUUUACAGUCUGUGCUGCUGCAGAGCAUCAGUUUCUCUGCCAGUGAGGAGUUCUUUUUUUUUACUUCUUGAAUAUUUUGACCUGAUUACAGCUGGUGGAUUUGUUAUUAUUCCUUAUUAAUUUCCCCACUGACAUAAUUUAAAACUGAACAUAACAGUGAAGCACCGCCCAUCUUAUUAAAAAGUUUUUUGACACAUCUAAAUGUGAUCCAGGUGAAGGUUUUCUCCUCUUUCUCAGAAUCUCAAACUAACUUCUUCCUCCUCUAUAGUUCUCCAUUAGCAUUUGCCUCUGAUAUGAUCUUGUGGAGUUUAAAAGUAGUAGUUAGUGCAAUAGCGUUAAGUCUGGUGAAGUUUUAAGGCGUGUGCUUCUGCAAUGACCAUUAAAUCAAGAGAAAAUGGAGGCGAUAGAGUGAAAGAAAUGAGGGAAAUAAUCCUAAAAGUUAAUGUACUGUUGUUGUCUUUUAAGAUAAUUAAAAUGUAUGAGGAAGUGAAAUCAUUAUUUUUGUGGGGCCUUGGAGGCUUUAGCCUAACAAAGGAGCUGUUGAUUUAUGUGGGCCAGUGAAAAAAUCCACUGUAAAUUACCCUGAAAGACCAACAAUCAAUAUUUUGGCUCCACUCACUGCUGGCAAGGUAUUUCCCAGCGAUGUACUUCUUUUUUUCUGGCCUGAACCUGGUUAUUAUUUUUGUGACACACUGCAUACAUUUAUUAAGAGGAAAACGAGGCAUUCAAGGGUACGUCACUAAUGGAAAUUCAAAUGCAAUGAUAAUGGGAAUUUAUAAAGCAAAGUCAUGAGUAAUCUCAGAAAACACUAUGUAAUAUAUUUUAAAUUAACUUCUGUGUGACCACAACACCGGUUUAAUGAAAAUGUGUUGAGCUUCACUUUUCACAUGAUUGUGUGAACCUCAAUAUUCAAUAACACAUGCAGAAUGUACAGCAGACUGCUCAUUUGUAGGUCUUAUUAAUAUUAUUUCAUUACUACAUUUUGACCAAAAAAAAAGGAGCAAGGCAAUUCAUUUUCAUUCAAAUUAUUGAAAGUCUAAUUAAAUUAGAUAUUAAGCAAUAUUUUUGAGAACAUAAGAAUGAUAAAUGUAGACGGUAUAAAGGUUAUUUAUGAAGUUGAAUAAACAAUAGAAUUAAAGCUACUGUUCAGGUUUUUCUAUUUGUAUGGCGCCCCCCUGUGGUGAAAGGGAUGCCUCUUUUCUCACAGCAGAUUUUGUCAAGUUGUAUUCAAUGAUAAAAAGUCAAACUUUGAUGUUAUUUAAACAUCAAAAUCAGUGUAAUUAUGAUAAGAUAGAUAAGAUAGUCGGUUUUGUUGCUUGACUGGUGUGUUUUUGUAAGUCAGACUCUUUCAAAACUGUUCACAGAAGCCUUGAAUUAAUAUAAUUAACCCUUUAAUGCCUUUUAUAUCAUAUUUGAUACAUACUUUUAUAUACUGAUCAACAAAUUACUAAAAAAAACACCUGAUAGAUUCCGAUAAAUGAUAAAAAUGUCCUCUUGUAGUUUAUACGUUUUCAAAAACAUCUAGUGUACCAAAUGAGAUAAAUAAAUCUAUUUGUUAAAUUUUAAGGACUUUUUGAUCUUUUUGGUUUUCAGCACAAAUUUGAAUUAUCUGGCCAUAAUUUGUGGUGUCAGGCUUUUAAGGGCUAAAGUGCAUUUAAAAUUUUAAUCAAGAUUUCAAAGAUCUGUGCGGGUCACUUUGGCAUGACCUGCUUAACAUGUUUGAAGCACCUUUGUGAUGUAAUGUCUCGAAGGAGCGCAGGUCAAAAACUAAUAAAAGCGGCUCAGCUAACAGCCUCCCUGUUCCCCUGUCUCCCCUGCAGCCCAUCGACACUAACGCCGAUGUGACCAAGUGUGCCUUCUGGGAGUACGAGCCCGACAGCCUGCAGGGCCACUGGGCCACUCAUGGCUGCAAGACCGUCCACGUCAACAGCAACGCUACUACCUGCUCCUGCAGUCACCUCACACACUUCGCCAUCCUCAUGUCCUCUGGGCGAGCCAAUGUGAGUGGUCAGAUAUUAAAAAUACAACACUAACAGAGCAAAGGUAUUUCGCGUUUUGAAUUUUUACAUCAAGGCUUUCAAUAAUUUAUUGAAAUGAUUUAAGGUCGAUGGUGAACAAAUGUAUUUUCAAUGAGGGCGAGGGUUCAACCUUGUACCUGGAUUCUGCAGUAAUGGUUGAAGUGACACCUGGACUUUUUUUUAAUUUACAUAUUUAGAAAAAAAAUUAUUUAUUGAAGUUUUAUUGGAGAGACACUCCAUUUUUAACCUCACAUGUACUACUGAUAAGAUUUUUUACAUGCACAACUGUACUAUGGACACCCAGUCUAUUUUCUUACUUCUUAAUGUGAAUAUGUACAACGAUAACAAAUCAUAAAAGAUAUUUACAUCGGCUAUAGACAUUUUAAAUCAUCUUUCAUUGCUAACAGUUUGAAGACAGAGGAGUAUUUAGUUCAUCCAUUACCUUUAAGUUCAUGUGAAACUCCAAUAAAACCACAAACAUGUUAUAAAUAUUCUUAUUUUGUGUACAUAUUCAACAAAAUUUGGAUUAAACACCACCUAUGUGUUUUUCCACAAACUGUAUCCCGUGUUGAAGCUCCUGAUUGACAACACGAGCAAACUUCUGACUAUCCACCUUUCUCUCCCCUUCGGUUUAGCAAGUGUCAGAGUCCGUGCUCGGGUAAUAUUUUCCAAAAGCUGCAAGACAGCAUUUUGUUCCACAGAAAAAGUCUCCACACACACACACACACACACACACACACACACACACACACACACACACACACACACACACACACACACACACACACACACACACACACACACACACACACACACACAAAAACAAGUAAAAAGAAAGCUGUGAAACUCUGUCAGGGUCAGUCGCUCCUGUAGGCAAGGUGGCUCACAACAGAUAUCGACUGGAAAAGAAACUUAGAGACAAAUCCACCCACAACUUUUGAAGAAACACUCCUCAUUGAUUUAUAGAGCUUAACAGUGCCCCCAACUUUAUAGAUUUUCUACCAGCAUUGUACUGAGAAAUGUUGAGAUUUUGGGAACAUCAGAGAGAAAAAUCUUAAAAUGAUGAAUUCAUUUGCCAAAAAAUGUAAGUGUAAUGAUGCGUGUUCAGGUAUUCAGGUAAAAUACGAGUGUAAUUUUCCAGCUGUCUGAUAACAGGAACCACAGGCCCAUAAAUUUCCCAUCCCUGCAGCCUUGUACCCUGUAACAUCGAAUGAUUUCAAGCAGGGAAGACAACAAAUUACAACUUCAGGAUGAAACUGUGAAUGAAACACCUCCCCUUCCAUUUGCCUCCCAGCUGGUGGCCCAUCAUACCAUCCUGACCCGGAUCACCCAGCUGGGGAUGAUUAUCUCCCUCAUCUGUCUGUCCAUGUGCAUCUUCACCUUCUGGUUCUUCAGCGAGAUCCAAAGCACCAGAACCACCAUCCAUAAGAACCUGUGCUGCAGCCUCUUCAUGGCCGAGUUCAUCUUCCUGGUGGGGAUCAAUAUGAACACACACAAGGUGAGCCACGGGUGAAACAAGGGUAAGAGGCUUGUGUGUGUUUUUGUGUCCUGUGUGGCUAUCCUGCCUUUAUAUCCAUUGUUGAGCUAUAGUGGGUGGUAUUGCACACUUUUUUUCUUCUUUUGUGUUGUUGUUGUUGUAAUUGAUUAAAAAACAAUCAUUCAGAUUCUGGUGCAGAAAUCUUUGGUCUGUAUUUAAUAAAACACUGCAGGUCUCCUUUGAGUUGGUUAAACAGCAACAGAUUAGCACAAAUAUUUGAACAGAGGGACACAAACAGGCUUUUCUUUAACAUUAUAAACUUGUAAAAUCUCUUUCUCACUCUCCUCCUCUCUUCUUUUGUGUCCCUCGGCAGCUCUUCUGCUCCGUUAUUGCCGGGCUGCUGCACUAUUUCUUCCUCGCGGCCUUUGCCUGGAUGUGCAUCGAGGGCAUCCAUCUCUACCUAAUCGUGGUCGGCGUCAUCUACAACAAAGGCUUCCUGCACCGAAACUUUUACAUCUUCGGCUAUGGGAGCCCAGCGGUGGUUGUGGCCAUCUCAGCAACACUUGGCUCCCAGUAUUAUGGCACCGAUAAAGUGUGAGUGGAAAUUUAAGCUUUAUCCUUUUUUUUGUACGCAGUUUUGUGAGGACAAAAGUGUUAACAAAGACCUCUUUUCAACUUUAAUUUAGUCUUUUUCAUGAGAGAAAGAUAAACAAAUUACAUUAAUUAUAAAAAUAAAAAGCAGAAAGAUUAAAUUUGGCCUAUAGGGAAGACGAGGAUGCUCAGACCGUCCUGCAGAGAGUAAAGUAAUGAGUGCAUCAGUGUUAAAAAGAGGUUUUGCAUACAGAGCACUAAAUAAAAGUAAGUCUCCUGUUUAUUAAAGCCAAAUCUAAUCAAAAGAUUGAGGUUAUGUAGAGGAUGUGCUGAUGGUUCAUAACUGUGUGCAGUUAUUUUUGUUAUUGUUAGAUAAGAAGGGUCUGUACUUGCCCAUACAAUGUUGUUAUAAUUAAGAUUAAACUAGAUUAGACUCAAGUAAAUAGAUAACAUAUUGCUUCAGCUGGAGGAGGGAUUAUUGCUGCAAAAAGAUCUUAGCACACACUUUCAGUAAAUAAAAGAGCACUCUCUGUCUUUGUGUUGUAGCUGUUGGCUGAGCACAGAAAACCACUUUGUAUGGAGCUUCAUCGGGCCUGCAUGUUUGAUAAUCCUGGUAAGAUCGGGUGUUUUUAUCACAUCCUAAGAAAAUCACAGUUAAGAUAUUAAUUGGAGUCCACAAAUAAGAAGUGUUUUCCAAGAUAAAUAUUCAGUCCGUGUUUGUUUUGGUUGUUCUCCACAAAAGGUUAAUCUCUUGGCUUUUGGUGUAAUCAUCUACAAAGUAUACCGGCACACUGCUGUGAAAAAGCCUGAAAUCAGCCACUAUGAAAACAUCAGGUAGGAUUAUGUUUUUGCUUUUUUUUUCUUAUUCAAGAAGGUCAAAAAACUCUUCUGUAAACCAAACAGUCAGUUCCUCCUUUGGUGGAUUAUUAUGGCAUCAUGUGGUGUCCUGCCUGUAUCUAAUUACUAUUAGCGAAAUGAGUUUUGUGUAUUGUUACCCUCAGGUCUUGCGCCCGUGGUGCGUUGGCUCUGUUGUUCGUGCUGGGAGCCACCUGGACUUUUGGAGUGUUGCACAUCCUCAAUGAGACCACCCUCACUGCCUAUCUGUUCACCAUCACCAAUGCUUUCCAGGGGAUGUUCAUCUUUAUCUUCCUCUGUGUCCUGUCCAGAAAGGUAUGAAAUAUCAAAUUCAAAGUUUGAUUUUCCAAAAUAUAAGUUUUUGGGUGUUUUAUUUCUCAUCCGAUAAUGCAAAUACAUUUUAAAUCUGUUAUGAUACAACUUACCCGAUGUGGACCUGUACGAUGGUUCAUUCACGAUGCAAAUUUAAAGAGCCGUAGGUGGUAACCAUGGACACAAACUAAGAUUGUGUCCAUGGAAAAUGUUUGGGUUGCUUAGUAACAACAUCACACUUAAGAUAAGUGGAACUAGUUGAGUUGGUAGAGGGAAAAAAAAGCAAUAAACUGUUGUCUCUUAUCACUUUAUACCACCCGUGGGGCUGUUGUAUGAAAGCAAUAUCACACUCAAAGUUGAAUCUGAAUGUUAGUACGCUGUGAUUUACUCGUCCUGGGGCCUCAUGCCUUUGAGCCAAUAACUGAGUCACAGCACUGCUCAUAUUAAAUGUAGUCAUAGUACAAAAUUAGUCUGGCAUUGCCCAGAUAGUGGGACAAGGCAGUCUAACAUCAUAACCUGUGGAUUUUCAAGUUCUAUUUAAGAAUGUAAUAAUUUCUCCAUAAUAUCACCAUAAUAUACAGGAUCACAUGACAUUACAUUGUUUUAUUUUACUGUAUUGUGGUAAAGCUGUGUGUUCAUCUUUAACCUGUACUUUUGUGUCUCUUGUCCUAGAUCCAGGAGGAAUACUACAGGCUCUUCAAAAACGUCCCAUGCUGUUUUGAAUGCCUGAGAUGAAUAACUGCAGCAAAUGCCUGAUCACCUGAAUAAUAUUCAACACUUCAGCUCACCAAUAUCAUCUGACUCAUGCUUUUAUGUUUUUUUAAAAUGAUGUGGGAGAAACUGUUCCAAACAGAGAUUUAAUAAAUGAAAACACAUGCAGCAGCUCUUGUAGUUUCUAAAUGUGUUGAUUCUCCUUUUAUAUGACCUCCAUCAUUUAUACAUAUUUUUUUAGACACAGGAUCUCUUUGUACGAUACAAAUAUACAAUAUUUUCAGUUUGAAUUAACGCCUUUGCUAUUAGCAGCAAUUACACACCAUGCCAGCACCCUGAUGUCUUUGUACCUUUCUUUGUGUUAAAAACUGUUUUCUAAGUUAUUAAAAAAAUUCGUAAACUAACACAAA